AUGGAGGAGCCGCAGCGGGGCGGCACCGGCCUCAACAGCGGCAGCGACGACGACGGCUUCGACACCGAUGAGUGGGCCGCACUCGCGCGGGUAUUGGGCGACGCGUCCCCCGGCGACAGCGACGACGAAAGCAACGGCGACGGCGGCGGCGCUUGGUCAGAUGCUGACCUGGACGUCGAGGACGCCGCCCUCGACCCCUGGGCUGAUGAUGAUAUGGAUCUGCCCGAUGAGCCGCCCCGCACGCGCGCAGAGGCGAAGCAGCAGAUGUACGCUGAGCUGGAGGCCGCAUACGGCCCCCACUACGCGGCAUCGGACGUGCGGCUGUACGUGAAGCGGCGGCAGCACAACGCGGCGCGGCGGCGGCCGGCGCAGCGGGGUGGCUUCCCGAUGAACGACGCGCUGCCAAGGGAGGCGACUUUCGGGAAGCUUGGCGGGCGUUUCAGGGAUGUAGUACUGCACGAGCGCAGCACUGCGCUGGCGGCCUCCCUCCAGGUCAGCGCGCCCCUGGCGGCGCGGCUCUACGAGGCUGUCCCCUACCUGCUGACUAGGACGACCCUGGAGGUCGCACUCCAGAUGCGGUCCGCCGCGCGCGCUCUGGGGGCGGACGCGGCGGAUGUGGCCGCGCAGGUGGGCGCCGCGCGCGACGCCCUGCAGCGCGUCGCGCGGGCCGGCGGCCAAUGA